CUUCCACACCACCGCUUCACUCUUUUAGCGGGCACUCGUUCUCACGACACGAAAACAUAAAACAUAAUACAUUCAACUUUCGGGUUUGUUUUCUGGGUAUCGGUAGGAUUCAAGAUGAAGGCAACAGUAUUGGCAACCGCCGCGGCGAUGGUCGGCGUGAGCGCGGCCGCUUCUCACGGCCACCGUCACCUGCACCGGGGUCUGUUCGAGAAGAAGGACACUGAGGCCGUCUGCACUCCCGGCUGCACCACCAUCUACAGCACCAUUACCGGCGAGCCAACUCUCCUCCCGCCUGCUCCCCAGACCACUUCGAGCAGCGUCAUCUCCAGCGCCGCGCCCGUGCCCACAUCAUCUGGUCCCAUCUUGGUGCCCACCCCGAUUCCGCAGACCUGCCCGACGCCCGGCACCUACACCUUCCCGGCGACCACGGUCGUGGUGACGGAGACCACCACCGUCUGCGGCGCCACCGUCACGUCGGUGCCCAGCGGCACGCACACCCUCGGCGGUGUCACGACGGUUGUCGAGACGGCCACUACGGUCGUCUGCCCCGUUGCGACCACCGAGACCGACAGCAACGGCGUUGUCACCAGCGUCAUCAAGACGACCACCUAUGUCUGCCCCUCGGCUGGCACCUACACCAUCGCCCCGAUCACCACCACCGUGCCGAAGGCCACCACCGUCGUCGUCCCCGUCGUUGAGACUUACUGCCCUGGCACUUACACCGCUCCCGCCGUGGUCACCACCGUCACCGAGACCAGCGUGGUUGUGUACUGCCCCUUCACCUCGUCCGAGGCCCCCGCGCCUACCUCUGCACCGGCUGUCACCUCGGCGCCGGCUCCGAGCCCUUCGUCCCCUGCUAAGGAGUCGUCCGCGCCUGCGCCUGCGCCGGCUUCUUCGUCUUCGUCUUCGUCCGCGCCCUCAUCGGCCCCCACCGGCUCUCUCGGUGGCAGCGGCGACCUGUGGGCCAUGACCUACACUCCCUUCACCCCCAGCGGUGAGUGCAAGGGCGCCAGCGAGGUCAUGUCCGACGUUGCCGACAUCGCCAAGGCCGGCUUCACCACGCUUCGCGUCUACUCGACCGACUGCGACACGCUCCCUAACGUUGGCGCCGCCGCCCGUGCCCAUGGCCUCCGCCUGAUCGUUGGCAUCUUCAUUGGCCAGGUCGGCUGCGACAACGGCAACCCCAACGUUGCCGAGCAGAUCGCCGCGCUCAAGGAGUGGAAGGCGUGGGACCUUGUCGACCUCUGCGUUGUCGGCAACGAGGCCCUGUUCAACGGCUUCUGCACCGUCGACCAGCUCACCAAGCUCAUCUCUCACACCAAGUCGGAGCUCGCCUCGGUUGGCUUCAACGGCAUGUUCACCACCACCGAUGUCGUCUCGGCCUGGCUUGAGAAGGACGUGGCGCCCAUCUGCAGCGUUAUUGACGUGGUUGCCACCAAUGCGCACGCCUACUUCAACGCCGACACCAAGCCCGAGGACGCCGGCAAGUUCGUCGCCAGCCAGCUCAAGCUUGUCGAGAAGGUCUGCGGCAAGCCCGGCUACGUCAUGGAGACCGGCUGGCCCAACGCCGGCAACUGCAACGGCGUCGCCUGCCCCGGCGAGGCCGAGCAGCGUACCGCCAUCGAGUCCAUCAAGAAUGAGAUUGGCCCCAAGGUCGUCUUCUUCUCGUUCAAGGACGACCCCUGGAAGCAACCCGGUUCCUGCAACUGCGAGCAGCACUGGGGCUGCGCGAAGGUCUUCGGUGCCUAAAGUUGACCAUCUCUUUGAACGCAAAGUCGAAUCAUCUGUCAGCUAUUCUCUGUUGAUCUAAGCGUGUAUAUAUCCAUCCAUUUCCCCUCUGUUGGAUUGUCAACGGAACACCCUUACGACGACCGAGAGCAAUGAGAAAAUAAGUCGCUGCAGUUGGCACGCAACUAUGCUUGGGCCUUAUUUACUUGCUUUCCGGUGCGGCCCCUGAUGCCCUCCAGGGAACUCUGAAGGUGUCUAUGGAGCGGAGAUUUAUGACGUUGGCUAUGAUU